AUGACGGUAAACGAACGGACAAGGCUCCUCCAGGGCCACAACAAUGCCAUCACCCUCUCACGCGACGAGGACCCGAAAGCCUGGUCCACAGGCGCCAAGUGGACCGUCGCCAUCAUCGUGUCGUCGUACGGGCUCAUCAUCCCCAGCACGGCGGCCAUGGUGGUGCCGGCCUUCCCGCAGAUCGCGCGCGACCUCAGCAUCCGCGACGACGACGUGCACCUGGUCAUGUCCAUCUUCGUGCUGGGCUGGGGCAUCGGGCCCAUCCUGGUGGCGCCGCUGUCCGAGGUGUACGGCCGCCGGCUGCUGCUCAACUGCGGGCACGCCCUCUUCUUGCUGACCAACACGCUGUGCGGGCUGGCGUCGACCAAGUCCCACUUCCUGCUCCUGCGCUUCCUGUCCGGCCUGUUCGGCAGCGGACCCAUGUCUAUCGGCGCCGGCGUCCUCAGCGACCUCUGGCACAAAGAACAGCGCGGCCUCUCCCUCUCCAUCUACGCCCUCGGCCCACUCGCCGGGCCCGCCAUCGGCCCCAUCGCCGCCGGCUACAUCGUCGAAGCCCUCUCCUGGCGGUACAUCUUCUUCAGCGCAUCCGCCUUCGCGGCCGCCAUGCUGGUCCUCGGCCACUUCUUCCUGCGCGAGACGUUCGGGCCCGUCCUCCUGCGCUGGAAGCGGCGGCAGCAGCAGCGAGAGCCGGGAUGCAAAUACGACGACGACGACGACGACGACAAAGGCAAGACGCUGGCGUCGAUCCGGGGCGACCUGAAGCGGCCGUUCAUCAUGCUCGGCACGCAGCCCAUCGUGCAGACGGUGGCGCUGCUCAUGGGCUUCCUCUUCGGCCUCAACCAGCUGACCAUCGCCACCUUCGAGGCCGUGUGGGAGCAGCGCUACGGCAUGCCGCCCCGCACGGCCUCGCUCAACUACCUCGCCAUCGCCGCCGGCCUGAUCCUGGGCUCGCAGGUCGGCGGCCGCGUCAACGACAAGAUCUACGCCCUCUGCACGCGCCGCUCCUCGCGCCGCCACAGCGGCAGCAGCGCCAGCACCGACGCCGGCCGCCCCGAACACCGCGCCUACCUAAUGUACGCGGUCGCACUCCUCCUGCCCACCGGCCAACUCCUGUACUCCUGGUCCGCGCAACUCCACCUGCACUUCCUUCUCCCCGACGCGGGCGCGCUCGUCUUCAGCGCCGGCAUCAUCGUCGGCUACCAGUGCGUGCAGGCGUACGUCAUCGACUGCUACCCGGUGUACGCGGCGUCGGCCAUGGGCGCGCUGACGCUGCUGCGCUCGCUCGCGGGGUUCGCCAUGCCCGCUGUGGGGGGCCGCUUGUACGCGGCGUGGGGGUAUGGCUGGGCGGGGACGCUGGUGGCGGGCGUGGCGGCGGCGUUUGGGGUGGUGGCGCCGACGGUGCUGUUGGUUUGGGGGGAGGGGUUGAGGGCGAGGAGCAGGUUUGCGGCUGGGGAGGGGGGGUUGUAG